GCCUGCAAAUGUUUUGCAGGCCGGUAGUGUGUGUGCAGUGAUAACGUGUCUGCAAGGGUAAGCAGAUAAGGCGUGGACCGAGAGGUUGGGAGCUUUAACCUCAGCAAGUGAACUGCGUGAAGAUAAGCCCUGCUGAUGAGCACUGAAACGUGGCAAGGAGCAGGCUGGCAGUGCCCGCCUUGCUCUGCAAGCAGCGGUGCCUGGGUACAUGAGAACAGCAGGAGCUGCAUAAAAUGGGAAGAUGCGAGGUUGUGCUGGCUGCUGGCUGUGUCGCAGCCCUUGUCGCUGCAGAGAGAGGGGACAAACAGCUGCUCUGAGCACCCCAGGCUGCCAGAUGCUGUGGGAGAGGUGAGGAUGCUCCCCCAUAGAGCAAUGAUAAACAACCAAGAGUGAAAUCAAAUCACGCAGAACAAUGUAUCCAUGGAUACGCAUUCACAAUCACGUGCCUUGCUCUGAACCCCGUUAGCCUCUUGCACCGUGCUGUCAGUGCAGCAUUUCCUGCACCCUGCUGCAAUCUGCCUGGGGCACAGCUGCACCCACUGGGUGUCGCUUUAAGGGUACUCCUGGCUCGGAGCCCUGACCCGCCUCUGUGCUUGGCGUCAUGCAUCUCUUCCUGCUCUGCAGGCCUCUUCCCAUCUUCCUGCUCCUUUCCCCCAUCCCCAGCCCAGCAUGGCCUCUCCCGUCUCGCAGAAGCUGGGGGAAAAACUGCAGUGCUCCAUCUGCCUGGAGCUCUUCAGGGUGCCCGUCACCUUACCCUGCGGGCACAACUUCUGCGAGGGCUGCAUUGACAACCACAGGAACAAACAGGAGCAGGCGGCCAAUGGGGCCAAGCGGGGCUACGCGUGCCCCGAGUGCCGCUACAACUGCGAGCGCAACCUGGAGCUGAAGAAGAACGUGACGCUGAACGAAGUGGUGGAGCUGGUGCGGGCAGGCAGGGUGCGGGCAGAGGGCUGCGAGGUGGCCCACGUCGGGCUGUGCCCGCUGCACGGGUGCCCGCUGGAGCUGUACUGCGAGGACGAGCAGCGCUGCAUCUGCUGCGUCUGCAGCGUGCGGCAGUGCCAGCGGCACCAGAGGGCUCUGUUCGAGGACGAGCGCUCCAGGAAGCAGGCUAUGCUGGAAAGGUCCCUGGAAGAAGCCCAGCGGGAAGCAGAGAGAAUGGAGCAGGCGCUGCAGGGGCUGGAGGAGCGGACACGGAGCAUCAAGGACUCCUCCGAGAGGCUCCGAGCUGCAAUCCUGAGCAAAUUCACCCACCUGGAGGAAGCGCUGGCCAAGUUCCAGGAGCAGAUGGUGGCCAAGGUGGAUCAGGAGGAGCUGGCGGCUCUGGGACGCAUAGAAAAGGAUCAGAACACACUGAAGGAUCAUCUGGAGGCCUUAGGCCAGCACCGGGACCGGGCACGGCACCUGCUGGACUGCACUGACCACCAGGCCUUCCUCGAGGAGUUCCCGCAGCUCCUGGCCCCGCAGAGCGUGGAGGUGCCACCGCUGGUGGAGUUCAACGCGGCCGUCGUGGUGGAACCCAUGAGCGAGAUCCUCACCAAUACCUGCAGGCUGCUGCUGGAGGAGCUGCCCGCCUCGCUGGGCCCCAGCGCCCCCGAAGCCCCCGACCCCAUUGCCCCAGACCCGGUGCAGCCCGAGGAGACGGCGGUGAAGGUGGUGUCCACCCCUGUCCCCAAGUGCCGGCUGCGCGCCGAGCUGCUGAAGGAACACCGAAACCUCACCUUCGAUCUCGACACGGCCAACAAGUACCUGGAGCUGUCGUGGGCUCAGCGCAGAGCCAAGCACGGCCCCAGUGCUGCCGCUGGUUGGCAGGAGCGCGGCCGCCGCUUCGAGCCCUGGCAGGUGCUGUGCGCUCAGAGCUACGGGCAGGGCCGCCACUACUGGGAGGUGACCAUCUCCAACCACUCCGUCGUGCUGGGGGUGACGUACGGUGGGCUCUCCCGGCACCAGCCGCGCGGCCACAAGUUCAACAUCGGGCUGGACGGCGGCUCGUGGGGGCUGCAGGUGCGGGAGGACGGCUACCUAGCCCGGCACAAGGGACAGGAGGAGAAAAUCCAGCAGCGCCUCUACACCGAGCUGGGGGUCUGCCUGGAUUAUGACCACGGGCUGCUCUCCUUCUACGGCCUCGGGGAGGGGGUGCAGCUCAUCCACUCCUUCCACGCCGUCUUCACGGAGCCGCUGUACCCCGUGUUCUGGCUGUGCGAGGGCCGCACCGUCACCUUGUGCCACAGGGACUGCGGGGGCCCCGAAGAAGAGCAGGAGCCGUGACACGUCGGGUAGGGAAAGAGACGCACAGCGCACAGCUAACGGUGAUGCUCUCGCCGUGGGGACGAAGACCCCCAUUGCUGAGCGUGGGGGCUUAUGGGGGGUGCACACCCAUGCGGGUGGGAUGCGGGGAUGUGGUUCCUUUUUUCCUUUUGCCCUGGGGAGAACUGGAGUUUGAGGAGCCCGGAGGAAGGUGUGGGGGCUGCAGGCAGGUCCUGUGCUCCCAGCCCUCCCCCCUCGCUGCUUUCAGAGGUGGCAGAGCCGCUUUUUGGGGCACCACGUUUCUCACUGGAGGAAGCCGCUUUCCUCAAUAAAGUUCUGAUUUCUU